CUCCAGAUAUCACAUAUCUGCUUAUGAACUCAUCAGGAAUAAUGAGGUGGUUCAUAUGGCUCUCUCAACUCUUUUACCUCUUGCUGCUCUUUUAUUCUCAACUUACUUCGUCAUCUUCUUCUUUCAACUCUUCUUCACCACUACUGUGCUCCCAAGACCAGAGCUCUGCAUUGCUCCAAUUUAAGCAAUUGUUUUCUCUUUGGGAAUAUGCUUCUCUCGAUUGUGAUAUUUCUUAUCCAAAGAUAGAGUCUUGGAAGGAGGGCACUGAUUGUUGCUCAUGGGAUGGGGUUACCUGUGGCAGUGUGAGGGGGGACGUGAUUGGUCUUGACCUCAGUUGUAGCAAGCUUGACGGCACCAUCCCUUCCAACGCUAGCCUUUUUGAUCUCCCUCACUUGCAACGUCUCAACCUCGCUUUCAAUAGCUUUUCUCCAUCGCAAUUUUCAUCUGGGUUUGGUCGUUUUGCUAAGUUGAGAUAUCUUAACCUUUCUUGGUCUUUCUUAGAAGGCCAAGUCCCACUUGAAUUAUCUCACCUCUCCCAAUUGUCCUCACUAGAUCUCUCUGGCAAUUUCCGUGUCAGUUUCGAAACAUCUGUUGUGAAGAGGCUUGUUCAAAAUCUGACCAAGCUAAGGGAACUUCAUCUUGAUUAUGUUAACAUGUCCUCUGUUUCACUUAGCUCUUUCAUGAAUUUCUCUUCUUUGGUAUCCCUUACGCUGGAAUACUGUGAUUUGCCUGGAAGUCUGCCAGAUGACAUUUUUGGCUUACAAAACUUACGCGAACUCAAUUUAGGAAGUAACUGUCUCAACGGUACGAUCCCAUCGUCACUUUCAAACCUCAAGGAACUCUCUUACUUGGAUCUACAAGGGAACUAUCUCAGUGGACCAAUACCUGCGUCGUUGGGAAACCUCACCAAAGUUACUCAAAUUUUCCUAGACUCUAACUACUUCACCGGCCAUAUUCCUUCAUCACUUUCACAUCUAAAGGAUCUCAAUCGUAUUGACCUCAGCUUUAACAAAUUUCAAGGAUCAAUACUAGUAUUUGGGAACCUCACAAAAGUUACUGAUAUUAUGCUCCAAUCUAACAACUUUACCGGCCAAAUUCCAUCAUCACUUUCAAAUCUGAAGUAUCUCAAUGUUAUUGACCUUAGUUACAACAAAUUUGAAGGAUCAAUACCAGUGUCUCUUGGGAACCUCACAAAAGUUACUAAAAUUACGCUCCAAUAUAACAAUUUCACUGGCCACAUUCCAUCAUCACUGUCAAACCUAAAGGAUCUCACUUUUAUUGACUUCAGUCACAACAACUUUGUAGGUUUUGUUGGUAAAAUUCCUUUUUUGACCAACCUCACAAAACUCACUGCAGUUAACUUGUCUUACAACCAACUCACUAGUCAAAUGUGUGAAUUCCAACGUAACAAUUCACUACAAAGUCUUAGAUUGGAAAAUAAUAGGAUUAACGGCUCUAUUCCAAAUUCAAUCUCUAAUCUCGUGAAUCUUAGAGAGCUUCAUCUUUCAUCAAAUGACUUGAGCGGCAUUGUGGAAUUUGAUAAGUCCACAAAUCUCAAAGAACUGCACACUCUUGAUCUUUCAAAUAAUAGUCUGUUCUUAGGCAUCAAAAGCAACUCUAACCAUACCUUCCCCAAUCUUCGGAAGUUAAACAUGUCUUCUUGCAACAUAAUUGAAUUCCCAAAUUUUUUUAAAUCGUCAAAAUAUUUAAAUUACUUGGACCUAUCUAAUAAUAGAAUCCCAAACCAAAUCCCAGAAUGGAUGCUUGAAGUUGUGGAGAAUCUACAGUUUCUUGAUCUUCAUGCCAAUCUAUUGCAAGGAAAUCUUCCUGAUCCACCUUCUACUAUGAUCGCCUUUUUUAUGUCAAACAAUAGACUGACUGGGGAGAUCCCGUCUAUGAUUUGCAAUGCAAGUAGCCUUGAAAUCUUAGAUAUCUCUAACAACAAUUUGAGUGGUAAGAUUCCACAAUGUUUGGGAAACUUUGGUCAUAGCCUUUCAGUGAUGGAUUUGCGAACGAACAAUUUCCAUGGCACUAUUCCUGAUACAUUUGAAAAGGAUAAUAGUCUAGCAACUAUUGCCUUUAAUGGAAAUCAUUUAGAGGGGAAAUUACCAAAAUCAUUUGUCAAUUGUACAAAUUUGGAAGUUCUUGACCUCGGAAAUAAUAAGAUUAAUGAUUCAUUCCCUUAUUGGUUUGGAAGCCCUUUCGGAGUUACGGUUACUUGUCUUGAGUCAUAAUAGAUUUCAU